CACGUGGAAAGGCAGAGCGUGAGAUAAACAAAGCUCAGAACAAAGAGUUGCUAUAUUUGUUGGUUAACACACGAAUGAUUACCACAGGUAGGUGUGGUGAGCCAGUAAACUGAAACCAGGUGUGAGGGAGCAACAACAACAACAGAAAACAGCAAACAGAAUUAACAAAAGAACAAUAAUAUCAUGUUCUCCUUUUGUUUGAGUUCAGUUAUUAAAAUAAAUCAAACUUAAGUGACUAAAUCUAAUAAAAGAGUCACAAAUAUGGAUCUGACGGUCUGAGGCGAGCUCCAUAAACUCAAACCAGUCAGACCAGUCCUCUGUGUUGUCUGUGUCCACACGAGUGUUGGGACAGACCAACGUGAUGUUGGCAAAGUUUCACUUUUAUAACAGAAUGAAAUAAAAGAAGGUAAAACACACAAAAGAAGGAAUGGAACUCCUGCUUAUUGACUUGAGGAUGCAGCUUCAUGGGAAUCGGAUCAGAGUGGGAAUUUUCUUUGAAACGGGAUAAGGAAGUGGAGCGUUAGGCAGACGUGUGGCGCAAUAUCUCCACCUACCCGACCCCGGUCACAGCUGGGAGUAAAUAAAAGGUGAGCAGGGCUGCACCUACAGAGACUCAAACCCUGAAGGAUUCUCCAUUCAGAGGUUUUCUGUGAACCGUUGGGAUCGAUCUGGAGAAUCCAGAAGAAAAACGGGGAAUGCUGGAGCGCAUCAGCAGCUUCUUCCAUAAAAAAAAGAGCGACCGAAAGCGCGACUCGCAAGCCUCCGAGAGCAUAAGCUCGCCUGCAUCUCCCCUUUCCCCCCGUUUCUCCCAAUCCCAGCAGAAGGAUGGGAUCAGUGCGUUCGUUCAUUCCCUUAAAGGAAAAGGGGAGCUGACGGGGGAACGUUCUGCAGAAUCCCGGGACGAGCGUGGCGACUCUCUCAGUCAGAGCUCCAGCCCCGGCUCCUCCAGCGCCAUCUCCCUAACAACGGGUGAUCCCGAUUUCCCGUUUGCAGACAGCAACAGCAGUGGCAGGAGCAGCGUGAGGGAAGUGUGCAGAGUCCGCACGGCUGAACGCGAAAAGGAUGCUGGGAACGCAUCCCCCCCUAAUGCGGAGCUGGCGCCUGCUGCUCAACCAAAUAACUCCGAUUUAGACUUUACAAAAUCAGUCGUGGAGGAAGUAAGCAAGAGGCUGCAGGUUCAGCUGGAUGAGAACAUCCCGACUUCCAGUGAGGAAAUCCUUGUUACCCCGACAACCCCGAUGGCUCUUAACUCCCCCUUUCCCAAAACCGCAGACACUCCAAAGUCUUCCAACUUAACGUGUAUUCGGUUAGCAUCAAAGAAAACGGUGGUGCAGGUUGGAGAGAAAGGCCACAGCACUGAAUUAAAGGGAAUAACUUUAUCAUCCCAGUCUUCCGUGUCACACAGCAUCCCAGCUCAGCAAGGAAUACACCCUCCAGGUGCAGCGAGUCCAGGAGUUUCUCCCAGCAGCCUGUCUGCGCAGACCAGUCCGUCACCACCGAGAGAGCAGACUCCCAGAGGGGAUUCUCCUGUCCAGAUCCACAGAGCCAUCUGGGUGGAAACAUACCUGGGAGAGGACCAGGAAGGGGAGGGUGGGACGGAUCGGGUGAAACAAAAGGAGGAUGGCUCAAGAGCAGACUCUCCCCCUGUGCUGGCCAUACCUGUCACUGUAAUACCUGAGGAUGAUCCGGUAACGCCUGACCAAGGCCCCUCGGCCCCAUCGGACAGCUUCCUAUCUGCUGGCAGCGUGCCAGAGCCAGCUUUGGCAGACACUUCCGAGGAAUUUCACACAACCACGCUACAGCCGAAAGAGCCAGAUGCCGGCACAGUCUCACAGCCAGGUUCGAUUCAGGAGACGGGCACACUGAGUGAAAAAGUCGCGACACGCAGGACUGUGACUUCACCUCCGAAGAACAAAGUUUUUGCCCAGAAGGUGUUUAUUAACCCGGAGCGGAGUUUGGACGGAGGCGAGGAAUGCCGCGGAGCGCUGACCUCGACUGCAGCAGGGCUGAAAGCACCCGCCAGCCCCGCAGACGACAACGAUGUAGAUAUCAAAGACGUCAGUCUUGAACUUUCCACAACAACAGAUGUGACCUCGACGUUUGAAACCAACACUCCCGAACCCACAGCCAAAGAAAAAACGGACUCCGAGGCCUCAGACUUUGGGGAUCCCGCUGCACCUUCAGACAUGAACAGAGCAAAGCUACAAACGACGGUGUUUGGGGUAAAAAGUCAAGUUUCUUCUAAGCGGGGGUUUAAAGGAGCAGCAGAGAGUCCACAUACCACAGCUACUGGAACAAAGACCGCAUCCUCUGCUGCUGGAAGUAGCACCAGGAAUGUGUUAAGGAAGGCAAAGAUCUUUACGGAGGGCAGAAAAGCGGAAGCAUCCCGAGAUUUCCUACUGCAGCGGGAGCACAGCAGUGAGAAAUUAGUUCCUCUGUCUCCAGGCGCAAAGGAUCAGGGUAGCAGCAGUGCAACAAGCUCAAAAUCCAAAAUCCCCAAAAGAUCAGAUAGUGAUGUGAAAUCUCCAGUAACGCCAGAUAAAAUUCUACUUCCUGAUGUUCCAGGGUCAGCAGGCGCUUCCAAAGUGCAAAAACUACCCAGAUCCAAAGAAUCUGUGAAACCUCCCGCCAAACCUCUCAGGAAACCAAGUUUUGAGGAAGCUAAAGGUGGGAUUUCCAGUCCAGGGGUCACUUCUCCGACAAAAACCGUUUACAGGACGGGAAUAAAGCUCCUUAGGGAAAAGUCAGACGACAGCAUUAAGUCUGCGAGCCUAGUGAAUGGCUUGGAGAGGGAGCAUGAGCAGAAAGGCGUUAAGGCGGGGCAUCUGCCUGACAGGGAAAGCUCCGAUGUCAAACAACAGCAGCCGAACCACCUGGAGAGCAACGCUGUCUUAGCAUCCAAGAGUCGGUUACCCGUCUCAUUUGCACCCAAAAAAAAGAGCGAUGAUGCAACUCAGACCGGCAGUGCCAACUCUAAAAGCGUGUUGGCUAGCCAGACGGACCCGAACAAGGCCGAAGCACAGAACCACGGUCCAGAGCAGCAGGAAGCGACUCCUGAUGACGAGACUCGAGCUGCAGCUCCAGAGAGUCCCAAGAAAGGAACUGGAAGCAUGGCGUCAGUGAAACUAUCUAAAUACCUGCCAAGGAGAAGCGUUAGCCACGAAGAGAGCGAUACCCAGAUCUCUUUUUUCUCCUCAUCGCCCACCAAGCAGGAGAAGCCGGUCUUUGCGAGGCUCUCCAAGAUGAGCGAUGGAGUAAAAGCCCACCACAGAUGGCCCGUAAAGGAAUCGGCCGAGACCCCGUCAUCUGGGAGCAAGCUCCCCGCAAGAGGCCAGAGGAACGUCACCAAACUAAAGCCUGGUGCUCCUCAAGAGUCGGCCAAAUCUGAGGAUUUAAAUCACGGCACGUUUCCUGAGAGCGCCGCCAGAGCUAAAGCUGCUGUCGCGGCGAACAGGAAGAAGGACAGCGACAGCAGGUUCCGGGUCAGGUCUGCAGAGGAGCAGGGUAAAGUUACAGAUAAACAGUCUGGUGAGGCCAAAGUGAAAGAAAAAGAGGCCAAAGGCACACGAAGCGCCGCAGCUGGAGAGGUUCCCCUUCAAAAAAGUCUCACAACUAUUAGAGAUGCUGCUCAGGUCAAAGCUUCAGCAACUGCAGAGGCUGAGCUGCAGAUCGGUGAUGAGGACCGAGAAACGUCAUCCCAGUCACAGAUUACUGCUGUAAAUAACGCUGGGACCGACGGAGAAGAGCCAGGCGCCAAACAAACCACAGCGGAGUCUCGCAUUCAGAGAGAGAAAACACAGAAACAGGAAACACCAACCUCAACGACUUCCCCCACGCUCAGAGACAAAGAGACAUUCAAGAAGCUAACAAGGGACACAAACAUCAAAUUCAUCCAGCAGGAGGAGAACACUGCAGCUCCCGCCUUGGACGUAGCUCACGGGGAUGUUUCUGAUCCUUCAGCCACACCUGAGCUGGAUCACAACUUUCCCUCUGACACAACAACCCACUCUGGUCAGCAAUGGGUUUCACUAGCUGAGGAAAGAAGAAAAGACCUCCCUGCUCCAUCUGAAGACGAGUGUCAUCAAGCAAAACAGGUCCCUUCUGUCUCAGAGAGCUCGAGUGUUGCUAAACGAGCCCAAGCAGGAGCCGAGGAUCCAACCAGCCAUGAAAACGAGUCCCACGCGUUGCUGCUGGCUGCAGCUAAACCGUCUGACACGGAAAAGAAAAGUAGUGAGGACGUCGGCUGGAAGCCAGCGGAGGCUGUGGACGUUCAAACAGAGACCGUGGCUGUUUGUGAAUUACCCAAGAAUGUAGAAAAUCAGUUGGACAAAGAGGCUCUUUUAAAGGAAGCUGUACGUAGGAAGAGUGACUCAAAAGCAGAUGAGUCGCUUAAUGAAGCAGCAGUAGAAAACACUGAGUCACACAUCAGUUACACGGAGAAGCUCAAAGGAAAAACGAUGGAGGGUGAAGCAGCAGCAGGAAGAUCUACAAAGUCAAGCAAACCAACUGGUCUGUCACCGCAGGAGAAGCGCUUCCAGCCUGAAGCUAAAGAGGAACCGCAGAUGGUGGCCACAAAGAGCUCUGAAGGAAGGAGGACGGAUGCCGAACCAGCUGCAGCCAGUCUGGCUGAUGCAAGGCGGCGUGUUUUACAAGAACCUGCAGAGACAGGUGGUAAGAAGACUGCAGCAUGGGAGCAGCAAAGGAAGGCGCCGUUAGGAAAAGCUGGGCUUAAAACCAGGAGCGAAGGUGUCAGUGAUACGGGACGGAGUCUGGACUACAAAGAUGGAGGCACACAAAGACCAAUUACAGGAGAGGCUGGAUUUGAAGAGGUCGUUAAAAACAGAGAGAAGAUAACUGAUGCAUCAACAGAGUAUAAAUGUCCGAGUGUCAACCAAGAAGAGAACCUAAACUCAACUCUAGAUCUGAAGUCCUUCAGGACCGAGGUGCAGACCGCUGCAGGAGUUAAAGAUGCUUUACGGAUGAAAGGUUUGGAGACCAAGACAGAGCCCCAGACUGGGAUCCAGGUAGACCAGAGGUCCAUGAUUGAUGCACACCCAGGUGGGGACAGAAUAAAUCAAGCUGUGGGCGUGAACCGUGAAUCAGAUCAGAAAUCAGAGGUUUUAAAAACUGAAGAAGAAGGGACAGCAGGACCUCAGGAGAUGGUCACAGCUCCCAGAUUUAACAGUGUGAGCUCGGAUGAGUACGGAGAUAAAAAAGCAACCGAUGCUGUGAAGUCUUCAGAGGGUUUGGUGUCUGAAGCUUUAACUGCUGUCAGCGAUGACGGUAAGCUGCAAGUUCAGAUGAACAUACGUGUUGAUGAGCAUGAUGGGACAAGAGCCGAUCACGCCAAAUCUACAAUAAACCAAAAGUUAAGAACAGAAGCUCAAGAGAAGGACGAGGAGAGUCCAAUUCAAAGGAUAAAGGUUCCAGCCAUCAAGGAUCAAAGUGCUGAAGGAGCCAAAGACAACUCGGUGGACGUUUGGGUGGAAGAGCCAAGAACUGCAGAUGUUACUAAUGAAAGGAAAAUCUCCUCAGACCAAAGGUCUGAAGACACUCUGGCACCAGAGAACCAGGUGAGCACCCACAGUGAAGGUCCUAAAGGAAGAGCUGAUUCACCUGUAGAGAGUUUGGUGCAGAAGACAGCACCUCCAGCUGAUACUGGUACAGUUAGAGCCCAGCAGGUCCAGAAGCCCGCAUCUGCUCAAGAACAGGAUGUAGGCACGGCGGAACCAAAGAUGGACAAAUGGGGAAAAACUGAACUUCAAUGUCAUAAACUGGAACCAGAACCACAGACCGUUGGUGUUGAAGCUCAACAGGAGACAACCGUGGAUUCUCAGGUUUCUAACGCUGCACCUUCAGACAACAAAGCAACCAACGCGAAGAGCAAAGUCAAACCUUUAUCUGACCAGAGUUUGGUGCACGAGACAGCAGCUCCCGUUGGUGUUAGUACAGUCGGUGACCAGCAGGUCCAGAAGACCUCAUCUCUAACAGAACAAGAGGCAGACUAUGUGGAACCAAAGAAGGGCCAGUUAAAAGCUGGACUUCUGGAUCAUAAAUCAGAACAAAAGUUUGGUGCUAACGUUAGACAACGGACAGCAGCAGGUUCCACAGUUCCUGCAUCUCUACGCUCUCAUGACGAAGGAACCAAAGUCACGGAUUUAUCUGAAGAGAGGGUGGCAAAUGAGACAGCCUCUUCAGUCACCGACCAACAGGUCCAGAAAGCUACAUCUGUUAAAGAACGAGAUGCAGACCCAGUGAAACCAACCAUGGACCAGUCAAAAGCUGAGCUACUACGUCAUAAAUCAGAGCAAGAGCCGCAGGCUGUUGGUGCUGAACUUCAACUGGAAAAGGCCGUGGAUGGCCAAGUUCCUUCGUCUGUGCCUUCAUCCAGCAAAGAAACCAAAGUCAAGGAUUUAUCUGUAGACGGUUUGGUGAUCACGACAGCGGCUCCGGUUGAUGCUAGUACUGACCAACAGGUCCAGAAGCCCUCAUCUGUUCAAGAACCAGAUGCAGACACGGUGCCACCAAAGUUAGCACAGUCUGAACUGGCCAGGUGCAAACUGGAACAAGAACCUCAGACAUUUGGUGCUGAAGUUCAACAGGAGACAACAGUGGAUUCCCAAGUUCCCGCAUCUGUGUGUUCAGAUAACAAAGGAACCAAAGUCCAAGAAUCACCUGAAGAGAGUUUAGUUCACAAGACCGCAGCUAUAGAUCCCAUUAGUGAGGCCACCAAUGGACAUGACCUUGUUUCUGUAACCGGCAGACGUCACGAUGCAGAGAAACCAAAACCAACAGAACAAUCUACACGUUCUAAUGUCGACCAAACACUCCGACUGGAUCCUUCAGCAGCAGAAACUAAAGAGGAGAAAACUGGAAAUCAUGCCCAAGAGAAAACCGUUACCACCGUCACGGCUCAGAGCGCCGAAGAAACCAAAGACAACCAGGAAACAAAGAAGACACCAACGGACAGUCUGGUGCAGCAGUCAGCUAGUAAAGUUCAGCUCGUUGGUCAUGGAGACCAUGAAAGGAACACAAUAAAAACAGACCAGGACACGCCAGCAGAGUCCGAAACAGAAACCAUGGAAAUCAAAACCCCAGAAAUGACUAGAUUAGGUCAAAUUACAGAGCAACUAAUCACAAUCUCUGCAGGUCCGAGUGCUGAAGGAGCUAGAGACCACUCAGUACCGAAGGGUGGGUUAACAACAAAUACUUCUUUCAGAGCUGGACGUAAUCAAGAUCCAAAUAUAAAAACCUCCGUAGAUGAAAAUGUAAACAUGACUAAACCAGACCAAGUCAAACCAGCAGAAUCUGAAUGUGAAAGCCAAACAUUAGAACAAGAGAUGGAGAUUAUAAGGUAUGAAAUUAAAAAGAAGACCACAGAAGCACGGCAUGUGGGUGUAAUCCAAAGCCCCGGUCAUUCUGAAGGUCCCAAAGUAUCGACUGGUGUCAAAAACGUAUCUUCAGGGGGUGUCGUGGAUGGAACGGCACCUAAAGAGGAGGUUCAGAGGUCCAACGUGACUGGAGAGACCGAUGUGGACAUAAUGGAACCAGACCAAGAAAAACCAGCAGAAUCUGAAUAUGAAAAUCAAAAAUCAGAUCAAGAGACAGAAAUUAUAAGAUUUGAAAUUAAAAAGAAGACAACAGAAACACAGCAUGUGGGUGUGUUUAAAAGCCCUGCAAGUGCUCGCACUGAAGGUGCAAAAGAGAUGACUGAAGUCAAGGAUUCAUCUUCAGAAGGUUUAGUGGGUGAAGCAGCACCUACAGAGAAGGUCCAGAGGUCCAAAAUCAUUGGAGAGCAACAUGUGGUCAAAACUAAACCAGACCGAGACGCACUGGCAGGACCUAACUAUCCAGAUGCAGACCAGACAGAAACAUCUGGAACAGUCGUAGUAGGAUCCUCAGAGGGUGCAAAAGAGGCACAUAUCCAAGAGCGGAAAGCCAAAAGUCACGGCGUCAAAGAUUCUGAAGAGAAAACUAAAAGCGAACCAUCUCCAGUAGGUAGUUUGGUGUAUGGUGCUGCAGAACACAUUUACCCAAAGAGCCAGAUGUCUUCAGCUGUCCAAAGAGAUGCUGUGGACAUUAAAACACUCGUGAGAACUUCUGAUUUCAAAGCUCCUGAUGCUAAACUAGAACACGAACCAACGGCAGUUCAAGAGAAGUCAAGGGGUGAUGCCAAAUUAGCUCAACCUGAAACUGCAGCUAAACAAGAUGUACCAGACACGAAUGUUGUAGCAGCCCAAGCAGAAGCGCUCGCAGCUGGUUCUGUUGGAUUUCCCCGGAGCACUGAUUUUCAGAGGAACGACGAGGCGGCUACAGGGACGACUGCGACUCAUCCUGGAUUACAAAAGACAACGUUUAAUGAAAGCAUGUCUCUUUGUGGCCCAAAGAAACAACCCGCUCUACUUCAAAGCCUCCAGCCCAACACGGAGUCUCCGUCUACCUGGCUGGAUGUAGAACACCGCCAGAAAAAGAAAAAGGAGCGUAGAAGAAAAAGGGAUCCGUCAUCUCCUGCCAGCGAAGAUGAAUCCCUAGAGCCGGAUGACAUUGACCAGUUUCUAAGGAGUGUGAAGACGGGUGGAAUUCCUUUUUCAUUGCCCCCAAAAAAGCAUGUUCGCAAAAAGUCCCCAACUCCACCUUUUGCCAUGCCCGCCAUCAAGGAGGAUCAUUUCGAACGGACGUUUGAUCCUGAGGAAUUUAAAUUCGGCUUAAGGAAAAAGGACACGCGUUUGGAUGCUUCUCCGGGUCUUCUGAUUAAACAAAAGGCAGCUGACCGGGAAGGCCGAAGCUUGGAAAAGAAAAACACCUCAGCAGAUGAAGCUAAAGCGCUUAAGGUGGGCGGGGUCAAAGAGGAGGCCCGAGGUGAAGCCGUUCAAGUCGAGGGGGAAAACAACGAGCCCGGGAAGAUGACGUCAAGACUUGGAAGGAUGUCCAUCCUCUCUAGUUUGCUAAGCUCCCCUCGCACCUCCAGGAAGAGCAAAGAGGAAGUUCCCUCUGUCUCGAGCAGCACGGCGUCUUCCAGCCAGCAGCAAGACGUUCCCUCUCUCAGGCAGGUGGGGGUUCGUGACUUGCCUCUGCCAGCAGCCACGGCUGAUAACGGGGGAGUCAAAGUCACUGAUCAAGGCUCGAUUAUGGGAGGUGGUACAGACACAGUAAGCGAGUCAGCAGUUAGCCCCUCCCCUCCGCCUUCUCUGCCUGCAUUCUCAGACAUGAAGCUGACUGAUCACGCAGAGGAAUACCUCAAGAAGGAAAACGGAGUAUCUGAGGCCUCCCAAGACGCUUUUCAGGCGCCUGAGCUGAAAUCUGCUACUAUGGAACAGAAGUUGGUAACAGAAGCCUCUUCUGUGGAUGUGAGGCAGAAGGAGCCUGCAGAGUUGUCUCCUAGCACCAGCAACAGUCAGCAGAUCACUCACAGCGGGCUUUCUACUGCUAAACCGAAGACCCCUGCUGUAAGAGGGUUCCACAAAAGACCCGGAAAGAUCGUAAUACACGAGCAUGCUCAGUUUGGAGGGGAGGCGUACGAGAUCUACUCUGACGUAGAAGAUUCCUCCACAAUGAAGCUGUCUCCAGUAAUAUCAGUCAAAGUCAUCCGAGGAUGCUGGCUUCUGUAUGAAAAAGCAGGCUUUCAGGGCCGGACCAUCGCCCUGGAAGAAGGUCCGACUGAGCAGAUAGUGAACAUGUGGACCGAGGAGGGAACUCCAGAGACCUUAGACGAAAUGGGUCGGCCUGUUCUGACGUCGCCGCCGCUGGUCAUAGGUUCACUCCGACUAGCAGUCAGAGAUUACAGUUCACCUCAAAUUGAUCUGUACGCUGAGGUGAAUGGGAUGGGGAUGAUGUCAUCAUACUGCGACGACGCCGUAGAGCUGGGCUCCUACGGGAUCCCUCGGACCACGGGCUCCAUCAAGGUUCACUCUGGAGUCUGGCUGGUGUUCUCCGAUCCUGGAUAUGAAGGACUGCUCGGUGUUCUGGAGGUGGGAGAGUACCCCUGUCCGGAGAGCUGGGGGUUCCCUGAGCCUUUCGUCGGCUCCCUCAGACCCCUCAGGAUGGGAGCUUUAAGGGUGGAAAACCUGUCUGACGUUAAGGCUCUCGUGUUUGAGAAGCCCAACUUUGAAGGAGAGUGUUUAGAGCUGGAAGGGGAUGCCUGCAACCUGCUAGAGCAGGACGUGAGGAGGACUAAACUUUCUGCAGUGGGCUCUAUAAAGAUUCUGGGUGGCCUCUGGGCCGGAUACCUGGAGGCAGACUUUGAAGGGCAGCAGUACGUCCUGGAGGAGGGGGAGUAUCCCCACUUCAGUGAGUGGGGAGGUUCUGAAGAUGGACUCCAGUCGCUACGACCCGUUGUUGGAGAUUUCCAGUCCCCCCACAUUAAACUGUUUGGCGACCUGGACUUUAAUGAGCUGAGGGUCAACGCCGACCUGCUCGGGCCGGUUGUCGACAUGGAGGCAAUCGGCCACAGCCCCAGAACCAAGUCCAUCAACGUCACUGGGGGGGUCUGGGUGGCGUUUGAAGAGCCUGGGUUCAGCGGAGAGCUUUACGUUCUGGAGAAAGGCAUGUAUGCAAAACCCGAGGACUGGGGAGCUCAGAACAUAAAGAUCUCAUCCCUGCAGCCCGUCUUUCACGAUCUGCUAACAGGAGCAACAAAGUUCAAGGUCCACUUGUACUCUGAACCUGACUUUCAGGGAAGGCUGCUGGUCCUGGAGGACAGCUCACCAGCUCUGGGCGAAGAUUUCUCACCCAAGUCCUGUAAAGUUCUGACGGGCAGCUGGGUGGCGUUCGAGGGAGACAACUUCACAGAGAACAUGUAUGUUCUGGAGGAAGGAGCGUACCCCAGCGCAGAAGCUAUGGGCCUCCCGUCAUCGGACUCCAGCAUUCGAUCCAUGCAGCCCAGCGGACAUGAGUUCUCUCUGCCCUCCAUCACUGUGUUCAGCAAACAGGGCUGCAGAGGCCGCAGGACAGUGUUGACCAGAGGGACCGUCAACCUGCCUCAGACAGGCAUGGAUGCUCACGUGCGCUCCCUGGUGGUGGAGGGAGGAAUGUGGGUGGUGUAUGAAGAUAACAACUACAGAGGUCGGCAGCUGCUUCUCCAACCGGGUGAAGUAGGAGAUUUGUGGGAAUACGGCGGCUUUCAGCGAAUAGGAUCCCUUCGUCCGUUAGCGCAGAAACCGACGUACUUCCAUCUGCGGAAUAAAGAGACGGGAUAUGCGAUGUCUCUGACGGGAGCGCUGGAUGACAUCAAGCUGAUGAGAGUCCAGGUGGUGGAGGAGACGGGAGGAGAAGAGCAGAUCUGGCUCUACCAGAACGGUCGGAUCUCAUGCAAGGUGGUGGAGGACUGCUACCUGGAGACGGCGGGCAACGUGGUGAUGGCAGGAAGCCGGCUUUGUGUGUCUCCCGAACAAGGCAAAGACAACCAGCUGUGGAGCAUCACUCAGGACGGUUUGGUGCGCUCCCACCUCAACCCUGAUCUGAUCCUGGAGGUCAAAGGUGGUCAUCAGUUUGACAGAAACCAGGUGAUCCUAAACAACUUUGAUGAACACAAACUGAGCCAGAGAUGGACGUUAGAGAUCCUGUGACCCGAUGAAGAUCAGCUGCUUUGUGAUUCCCAUAAUGCACCUCUGGCAGGAAACUGAGCCCUGUGAUGCCCCUUUAUGUUGUGGAUUUCAACUACUUGUUCUUGUGUAGGAAUGUGAUUUUAUGUCAUUUAACUUUCAUUUUUUAGGACAAACGAAUAACAUAAGAUGUUGCCUUUUUGGCCUUUUGACUGUUCAACACCAAAGACUGUCAGUAAAGCUCGGCCCUGUUUCAGUGCUGCACUUUUCUUUACACUACGGUACUUUUACCACAGAAUCCCACUGCUGCCCGUUUUCUCAUUCAUGUGUAAACAGCGUCACUUCUUACCAAUGCAAAUGUGUAUUUCUGCUUUUAGUAGACCAGAAAUGAUCUGUUGUAAAGUUUUGAUAUAUUUGUAGGACUUUUAUAGGUUGUAAGACCAACUGUGGUUUUCAUUCAGAUGUACAGAUUUAGCUGAAAACAGCGCUGCAAAACUCUUCUGCUGAAUGUAAAUAUCAGGGAAAACAGUUGAAACCAUAAACUGUUUCAUCAAAAUAAAGAAGUGAUUUCA